GCGGGUAACCUAAAAUCAAUGUGUCUGCCAUGGCGAGAAUUUUCAGUCUGAUACUUGUCCUUUGCUUAAUCGCAAUGUCAUUUGUCUGUGAGGAAAAUGUCGAGCCGCCUCGGAUCAGAUCGCGCAUUGCACGAGCCGCGUUAGCGCCAAACAAAGCCGGGACCGGGUGGAGCGACGUUCUAGUCAGUCCUAACGCCUUUUUGUCGGCAACGUACCAGGGCUUCCGGAUAAGCAUCUACAAGACGGCCAACGCGGAUACCAAUUUGUCGGUGCCAACGCAGUACUUCUAUCCACCGGCGUUGUUUAUCGACCCAACUAGCGCCAAGAGUUACCUAAAUUCUCUCCAGGAAAACCGGCCGGAAAUGAGCUUUACGGUUCUCAUGUGGGAUGACGAGUAUGAAGAGUUUAUUCGCGAAGCGGUUAGUAAAAGACUGGGACAGAAGAUACCGCGAGAAAGCAUCCGCGUGCUGCCGAUCGAACAAAUUCGCAUUGACGCCCUCGGUUUUGCGCCAAGCAAGUACGAAAUAGUCAACAACUGGGUGUCCUAUGCUUCACAACCGUCGACCUUUGAUUUCCGCUUCAGUUGCAUUAAUAAAGCAACGUGUGAUGACCUAGCUCAACAUGUCAAAGAAAAUCCACAGUUAUUCGUGUACGACCUGGAGGUUUCGUACAGCCUGAUUAAUGUUCGCAGUGCGCGCCGAAUUAUCCAAGUCAAAGCAGAACAUGUGCAGGCGGGAAAACUGUUCAGCCAGCUGCAACAGCAAGUGCCCAAUACUAGUGUUUUGUACAUGAAAGCGGACGAUGUCACACAAAUGACCUUGGAGAUUGCCAACAACGUUAUGGCGACGGAAGUGGUGGAUGAUGAGUUUAUAGGACAAGAUCAAUCACUGACUAUCAUCAAAAUUCUGGAAAGUCUGCUGCAAAUGAAGCCAGAAUCGUCGGCAGUGUUUCAGGAGCAAAUGUGGAACUCGGUUUUCUGGCAAGACGAGACCACCCGGCCCGACCGGGUGACCAGCACGCUGAACGAAUAUUACAAGAAAGCAGACGACAAGAUGCAAGAGAAAAUUAGGGACGAACUAGCCAAAAGCCAAAGCACUAGUUCCAACGUCGGCGGAGCGGUCGAGGUGGGCUUCUUGGGUGCCAGUAUCAAAGCCUCAAUGGAAACGGCCUUCGCCAGUUCCAAUUCGUUUGCCAGUGAACACGAAAAAGAGCAGUUUAUUGCCACUAUGGCCGAAGCCAGCAGCAAGAGCCAGUGGAGCGGGGAGCGGUUUAUCGUUAAACCGACGCAAUUGAUCCGCACUAACAUCGCGCGCCUUCAAAGUUCCGCCACAGUCACCAGUGUUCAAGUCCGUGUGGCCAGGGCAGAAGCGCAGCUGACCAGUCGCAUCAACCUGCUGGCACAACCACAGCUGUCUAAUGAUACCGCAACGAGCGAUAUUCCGACAGGAUCGGUUCAGAUGUUUUACGGGGUGGUGUUACCGUUAGGCUGGCUGCCUUGCGACGGUUCCGCUGUUGACUGCAGCAAAUACCGACGCUUGUGUGGUAUCCUGAGAGGUGUCAAUGCCACCGACAUUCGUACGCCUGAUCUUCGCGGGCGGACAGCAAUCGGGGCCGGUAACGUCCUGCUUCCGCACACUAUUGGCAAUCCCACUAAUUACUCUUUUUCCAUCGGUGACGCGGGUGGCGAAGUAAAUCACAGACUGAAACUAAACGAAAUGCCAUUACAUAGCCAUUCCUACACCGCUCUUCAUCCGCCUAUGGUCCGAUAUUUGUCGACACAUAUAUUUUUUGGUAACCAAACGCAUACUUUGUACUAUUCAAAGGAGUCUGUUAAAAACUAUGAAAGCACAAAUUUUCAAGAAUCACGAACAACCGGGAGUAGCGGCACCGGCUCUGCACAUAAUAACAUGCAGCCCUAUCUUGCUUUGAAUUUCAUUAUCAAGACGUGAAACGUAUGUCUUUUUUACCAUAUUGUCGCUAUGCCUUUGAACUUUG